CUUCUUGUAUACUUUUCGUCAUACUAGUAUAAACUCUAUCUUCAUCAAACAAAAUUCUAUUUUCCUCAAUUCACUCUCAUGCUUUUAUUCAUUCCCUUGCACCGUCAACUUUUUCCGCCUUCACGUCCGGCGGCGCGUCAGUCACACCCGCCUCUCAGCUCCCCCAGUUCGGUACUUCGUUUCUUUGGCAUUCUUCAAUUCAAAUAAUAAUUUAUAAUAAAAUGAGUUGCAGUUGCAGGCCAUUGUUCCUCUCUGGAACUUAUAUUUCUCCUUCAGCUACUAAUACUAGUAGUAGUAAUCGAAAUUUGAAGACAUUGUCAUUCCCUAUAUUUCAUGUGAAGUCAUCACGAAUAACUAAUCAGAAUUUAACAAUUGCUAAGCAAAACCCUUGUUUUAAUUUCUCAUUUUUAGAUAUUGCUACUACUGCUAGCGGUAGUGGUAGUGGUAGUGGUAGAGGUUCAAAUAACAACAACAAUAAUAACAAUGAUCCGUCACGGUGGUGGCGGAAUGAUAACAAUGAUGAUGACAAUAAUAAAGGUGAUUACUUUAUGUGGCUGUUAUGCUGCUUUGUGGGAUUGUGGUUAAAUUCGUCUUCUUUAGCAUAUGCAAGAACAACAUCAACACAAUUAGAUGAAGGGGAAGAUGUGAGUGUUUUUGAAGUUAGAGGAGGCAAAUUGAUUAAACUUAUUUCUGAUUUUGCUAAAGAUGAGUUUCUUGUUGCUUCAUCAUUCUCGUCCUUGUUUAACGGUGAUUACUUAACUUCGUUAUCGUCAUGGUCACGUCUUGGAGCGAACUUGUGGUUACAAUCUAGAGCUUUAUUUGUUAAGCUUAUGCUUCCUGAAGGCUAUCCUCUUAGCGUUACUUCUGAUUACUUGGAUUAUUCUCUUUGGCGUGCCGUUCAAGGUAUUGCUAGCCAAAUAAGCGGCGUUCUUGCCACUCAGGCAUUACUUUAUGCUGUUGGAUUGGGCAAAGGAGCUAUUCCCACAGCAGCUGCUAUUAAUUGGGUGCUUAAGGAUGGCAUUGGGUAUUUAAGUAAAAUUUUCUUAUCCAAAUAUGGACGCCAUUUUGAUGUCAAUCCUAAAGGAUGGAGGUUGUUUGCUGAUCUUCUGGAAAAUGCUGCAUUUGGACUUGAGAUUUUAACUCCUGCAUUUCCUCAUUUAUUUGUUUCUAUCGGUGCUCUUGCUGGAGCUGGUCGCUCUGCUGCUGCUCUUAUCCAGGCUGCUACCAGGAGCUGUUUCUAUGCUGGGUUUGCUGCUCAGAGGAACUUUGCUGAGGUCAUUGCAAAGGGUGAAGCUCAAGGAAUGGUGAGCAAGUUUAUAGGUAUCAUGCUUGGUAUAGGAUUGGCUAACUGCAUAGGCUCUUCUACUUCCCUUGCCCUUGCUUCUUUUAGUGUGGUGACUUGGAUCCACAUGUACUGCAAUUUGAAGUCAUAUCAAUCCAUUCAACUGAGGACGUUAAACCCCUAUCGCGCGAGUCUGAUUUUUAGUGAAUAUCUCCUCAGUGGUCAAGCACCUUCCAUCAAAGAGGUGAAUGAUGAGGAGCCACUUUUUCCAGCUAUAUUUCCUAAUUUGAAGUCUGCUGACAAACCACAAUCAGUUGUACUAUCUUCAGAAGCAAGGGAUGCAGCUAGUGAAAUUGAGUUGCGAUUGCAGCUGGGAUCAAAGCUCAGCGAUGUCGUAAACAGCAAGAAUGAUGUGGUUGCACUGUUCAAUCUGUAUAAAGAUGAAGGCUACAUUUUGACCGAGCACAAUGGAAAAUUCUGCGUUGUGCUUAAAGAAAGUUAUUCUGUGCAAGACAUGCUCAAGGCACUUUUCCAAGUCAAUUAUUUGUACUGGUUGGAGAAAAAUGCAGGACUCGAAUCUAGAGGCACCUCUGCUGAUUGCAAAUUGGGUGGCAGACUGCAAAUAUCGCUGGAAUAUAUGCAACGAGAAUUCAUCCAUGUGAGAAACGAUAGCGUAGCGAUGGGAUGGGUUGCUGAUGGACUCAUUGCCAGACCUUUGCCAAAUAGGAUAUGUGCACCUAAUCUGGCCACUUCAGUGGCAAGCUGAUGCAGUUUAAAGAUGAGGCGUGCCGCUAACUUGCGGGUUAUCCAUGAGCAAGCAAACAGAAAGAGUGACUUGUUGAAUUAAAGUUGCUGUAAAAUGGUUGACACCAUUGACUCUGUGUAUACUUGUAUUACAUCAUUGGUUGGGGAAAGGCGCAAAAAUGGACUUACUCUGCAUCUCAACUAGACACUUAUUAAUGAAUUUUGAGUCGCAUAUGUGACCCUCAUAUUUAAAAAAUGAAAUCUAAACACUGCAUAAAAUGGAGCUUUAUUUG